GUGAAGCUAAGGUUCUGCGGCUUCCCCUGCCACCUGCAACUCUCAUUUGUCACAAACCGCUCAGGUUGCCAGCUCUGAGUUGCACCAUGGAAAACAGCCACGAGCUGGACCUCACUUACAUCACUGAGCGCAUCAUUGCCGUGUCCUUCCCUGCGGGCUGCUCGGAGGAGUCCUACCUGCAUAACCUGCAGGAGGUCACGCGCAUGCUGAGGUCCAAACAUGGGGACAACUACCUGGUAUUAAACCUUUCAGAGAAGAAGUAUGACCUGACAAAGCUUAACCCAAAGAGUGCUGACACCUGUCCCUGCAGGGCCUUUCUGAAGCCCUUCUGAAUGUGACCAGGGAAAUGUACUUCUUUUUCUUUCUUAAGAAAGGAAAAGAGAAGAAAGGAAAACAAAAGAAAAGAAAGAAAAGGUAAAAAGGAAGCCCCCAUGGGCAAAG